AUGCCCAGAAAAAGCGACGCGGACGACCGGAUGAACAGAUUCGACGCCGAGACACAAGCCAUCAUCGCCGGCGCGAGGUCCAGAACACCUCCUAGACAACUGGCCGUCUCCGACGCCGUGGCUACCGGAAAGCAAAACUUCCCGACAGCAGCGAAGAGGGCGUACCAGAGCGCUGCUACUGCCGCUCAGCCGGUUGCGAGUGCCAGUUCGAAGAUAAGUCCUCCUUCUGUUGCUGCGGCGCCUCAGCCGAGCACAAAGAGUACGAGUUCGAAGACUGUGACGACGUCGACUUAUAGCUCCGGUGGGAGCUCGAAGCAGGCUACCAGCUCGUCGGGCUAUAGUUCUACGAAGGCUUCGAAGAAGAGCUCUUCUGGUAGCUCUAAGAAGAGUUCGACUGGUACUAGUUCCUCCAAGAGCACGAGCGGAUCACGCAAACGUCGGAACGCAACGGGAUUGGGGUUGCGAAUUGAGUGUCUUUGUGGAUGA